AUGUUGAAUUCAAGGAUAAAGGUGCUUAUUACAUUGGUUGCUACAGCAUGUGGAAGGCCUCCUCUGGUGAAUCGCAUUGUGGGAGGAAGUGAAGCACAAGAAGGAGCAUGGCCAUGGCAGGUGGACAUUCAGGUGGAGUCGACUGGCCAUGUUUGUGGAGGGUCCAUCAUCUCCAGACGCUGGGUGCUGUCUGCUGCACACUGCUUCCCCAACCCUUCAGAUGUGUCUUCAUAUCGCCUCUACAUGGGCCGCUAUCAGCUUAAUGGCUAUAACCAGUUUGAGACGUUGAGUCGUGUGAGGAUGGUCGUAAUUCCUGAAGGGUACUCCAACCCACAGGGGGGCAGCGACAUUGCCCUAGUACAGCUGAGCACCCCAGUCACCUGGUCAGACAGAAUCCAGCCUGUGUGCUUGCCUAGCGCUGACCUCCAUUUCAAAAGUGGGACCCUGUGCUACGUCACUGGCUGGGGGGAUAUCCAGGAGGGAGUCUCUAUCUCUGGCACUGGCACACUACGGCAAGUGGGAGUGCCCAUUAUUGACCAAGCUUCCUGCAGCUCGAUGUACCAGAUCCAUUCAUCUAACUCGGACCCGGUGGUCAUCCUACCAGACAUGAUCUGCGCUGGCUACAAAGAGGGAGGUAAAGACUCCUGUCAGGGAGAUUCUGGAGGACCCCUCGUUUGUUCUGUAGGCAAUGGAACAUGGAUACAGGCAGGUAUCGUAAGCUUUGGCCUUGGGUGCGCCCAACGAAACAGACCUGGCGUUUACUCCAAAGUGUCGAGCUUUGCGGGUUUCAUCCACUCCACGGUGCCAGGCACACAGCUGAUGGGGCAGGCGUGUGGCUAUGAGCCCGAAGCCCUUCUGGUGCUCAGUCUUGGUCUAGCAUCUGUACUCCUGACAAAAUAGUGGACUGCAAGGUAAACAGACCUUCCUUAACUCUGCCAAUAAUGACCCACAGUAUGCAAAUUUUGAAUUGCGCUAGCUAAGCGAAUAGGCAUUCACCUUGGAGUCACGCAGGCAGGGGGGCUGUGAAUAUUUUGUAUGUUAUUAUUAUAAAAGUGACUGGUUCAUGAUCAAUGCAAUGAAUUCCAAAUAAGUGAUGAUGAUUUGUGGUGAAAGAGUAUCAAAUUAGUGGUGAUGUGUUUUAUUACUGUAUGGUGAUAUCUAGCAAUGUUUUAUGUAAUCUAAUGUGUCAACGGAGACCUGUAUGCAAACAAGUCUGGUUCACUACCAAAU